ACACGGGUUCGGCCCGGCCGGAGUAACCCGGAAGCAGCCUCUAACCCGGAAGAGGUGGUGUUAUAGGAUUCUGCCGGCGGCGGUGGUGGCGGCUGCGACGCUAGGAUGAACGCCCCUCCCGCCUUCGAGUCGUUCUUGCUCUUCGAGGGCGAGAAGAAGAUUACCAUUAACAAGGACACCAAGGUACCCAAUGCCUGUUUGUUCACCAUCAACAAAGAAGACCACACGCUAGGAAACAUCAUCAAAUCACAGCUGCUGAAGGACCCCCAGGUGCUGUUUGCGGGCUACAAAGUCCCCCACCCCUUGGAGCACAAGAUCAUCAUUCGGGUGCAGACCACACCGGACUACAGCCCCCAGGAGGCCUUCACCAAUGCCAUCACAGACCUCAUCAGUGAGCUCUCGCUGCUGGAAGAGCGAUUCCGGGUGGCCAUCAAAGACAAGCAAGAAGGCAUCGAAUAGAAAGCUGGAGGGGUCUUGCUUGGCACCUGCACUGGAACCUUCUCCAGGCCCCAAGUAGAGAGCUGCUUCCCCAGCUUCGGGGACAUCCUGGUGAGCCCCUCCCUCCAGAGCCAAUGUGUAUGUACAUAGAGUCUGUUUCACCUUCCAAAUAAAAGUGUGGCAGGAAGAGA